AUGAUUUGCGGAUACGAUCACAUCGCGCACAAGCACAAAAUUGUGUGCGGGCAAGAGCAAAGUCCCAAGGAUGGCGAGAUCUACAACGUGGCUAUGACAAUGACCGUUCGUAAAGACCAACCCAACGAAGAAGUCCUGGACUUGUCCAAAUUUACCAGCAAGGACGUCCGUGCUCUCGCUCUCAAGUGUGGAGUCAGGGGAGGUGGUAACAUGACUAUUUUCACUGCAAGGAUGGAGAUUGCACGCAGCAUUCAGAUGGGCACUAUGUACACUGACCUGUCUAUUGCGAACCCAGGUUCUGAUGCCGCAGCCGGACGCAAGGACUAUGAAGAACAGCCACUCUCAGAGCAGGGAGUUAGCGGAAAUCCCGUGAAAGACUUUUGGCUUCUUGUCUCAGACACGAUGAAUGAGACGGAUGAUGAUUCGUUUGACACCGUCUUAGGAUUGCAAGAGGGGGAAAACGACAGGCUCAGUGCAUGGAACCAAGAAAACGGUUUCAACCUUAAAGAUAUCAGCCGUGGCCACACAUUCAAGACGGUUAAGCAACAUGUGUGUGACUUGAUGAAGUCACGCGAGAGAUGCCGCAUGGAAAUGAAGAAAUCCGUUUACUACUGUGACUAUCUUUGUGUGCAACAACCUGCCAUUGAUGGCAAGUUUGCGGCAUUUAUGGACGAAGAUUUGAAGAGUGACUCUACGGUUGACUUUACUGGGAGUGCUGAUUCGGCUGGUAGCAAAGCGGGAAAACUUGCUGUAUCCGCCGUCGUGGAAUCCCUUGCCACCGCAACCACCGAUUUGAAGGAAGCAAUGAGCCAAAGAAACAACGCGACGGAGGAAGUCUCUCAAACGAAGAGCUGGAAUGACUAUUUCGAUGUUUGCGAUCGGUAUUGUAAAUUGAAGGAGGAUAUCCGCAACGGGGAUUCGUCCAAAGCCCGUAUGGUUGGAGCCAUGGAGGUUCGUAUCCGACAACUUGAAGCGCACUUGAAGAUCGUGCCGGCCAAGUCAGUUAUUGAAACAGAGGAAACUGGCGCACUGGCCGAAUAA